AAGAAAGAGGGAUCCCAGACAAUAACAAGGCAGAGAUUCUUACACACUCUGGGACUGAGAGGCAGGAAAUCUGAGGGAUCUGAUUCCCUGGCAAGUUUUCUUUCAGGAAGUGAGGUAGAUGUUAAACAGGGGCAAUCUUUUUCCUAUUGUAAAACGAGAGCCACACCUCUGUGACAAAGUGGAACCAAACACCCAUGUUGGAUUCUGAGGGACUCCAUGCUCAGAUCAUCCUUUUGGCAGAUAGCUCCUAAUAUGGCAAAUGACUACACUGAAGAACCUCCAUCCAAGGUGCCGUCAGAGGAUGAAGAACAUAUCUAUGAGCAUAUUUAUGAAACUCUGGUAUCUUCUGACAAACCAGAGCUGAAUCACCAAAUGGCCAUGGAUGAGCUCAUCACUACAGAGGCUAACUAUGUACACAACCUUCAGCUCUGCAUUUUUGAUAUCCGUGAUCACCUCCAGAAAAAACAGCUGCCUGAAAUUGACCUGGAAGGAUUGUUCUCCAAUAUAGAUGAUGUCCUGCAGGUUUCCAAACGUUUGUUGAAAGGACUUGAAGCUUCUGUGAACCAGGGCCAAGAACAACUUUUUCAUAUCAGCACUUUAUUCCAAGAGCUCAAAGCAGAAAUGGAGAAUGUCUAUAAAAUUUAUUGUGGGGACUAUGACCAAGCUCUUUUACUGUUGGAUAUUUAUAGUAAGGAGCCAAGAUUGCAAAAAGAAAUUAUGGAAACCUUGACUACCACUGUGCCUCACACUGGUGCUUCAAACCUGAGUUUCUUCCUGGUGAUGCCAGUGCAACGAAUCACAAAAUACCCACUGUUGUUGCAGAAGAUUGUGGAAAACAUUUCAGGCACUGACAGUGCCUAUGGAGCCCUGCAGGCUGCAGCCACCGCUAUGGCAGACGUCAAUGCCAAUAUCAAUGAAUAUAAAAGGCGGAAGGAAAUAGCAGAUAAAUAUAACAAGGCUGGGUAUCUGACUCUGCGAGAACGUCUGGCCCGUAUCAAUACCCACUCCAUUGCCAAGAAGACUGCGCGGUUGAGCCGCCUCUUCAUGCAUGAAGCUGGGAUUGUGACCAAGACAGAGGAUAAGAAGUUUGAUAAACUGGAAGAAAAGUUUCAGUUAUUGGCAUCAGCUAUAAUUGAACUGAAAGAGAAUGUGGCCUGCUUUCUGGACAACACACAGAUGUUCCUUAGUUUCAAACCACAUGAGGAUGAAUUGGAUAUAGAAACAUACAUUAUCCAACCAUAUUGUUCCCUUGCAAAAAAGCUUCACAGCACCAUCUUUCCUGUCUACAAGCAGAGGCUGGAGCACCUGGUAUAUAAGCCGCUGUGCAACUUGUCAGAGACUCUGAGGGGACCCCAGAAACUAAUCAAGAAGCGAUCGGAUAAGCUGCUCGACUAUGAGGAAUAUGAGGAAAAGAGGAACGAAACGGGCAGUGUGACCUACGAGGAAGAGGCUAUCAUGAAUACCUAUCUUGGCAUUAACUCCUUGCUUGUAUCUGAGCUUCCUACAUUCAAUCAAGUGGCCCUGAAGUGGCUGGCCUGCAUCCUGUGUUCUUUCGUGACUCUUCAGAGGGAUCUGGCCAAGCAAGUCCUCCAAGAGGCAGAAGGGGAGAUUGUCCAGCUGCCCCAUAAACAUCUCUCUGCAACUGAAUUUUGGAAAAUGGUAACCAAUACUUUAAAACAGGCCGAAGAUCAGCUGUACUUUCUCCAGGAGAAGUUUGAUACCGAAUUGCCAAGCCCCGUUGUGCAGGCUCUUAGCUCUGCAGAGGAGAAGAAGGUCCAUUUGCUUCUGAACAAACAUGGCCCAGAUAAAUUGUACCAAGUGACAAGCGACACCGGUGGCUGCAAAGACAUGGACUUGACUCUGCAGAGAGGGCAGAUAGUGGCUUUUUUGCAUGGCAUGGACUCCAAGGGCAACACAAACCGAUGGCUGGUUGAUUCAGGAGGUCCAAGAGGCUACGUUUCACCUGGAAAGCUCCAACGGUACCAUUACGUCCCCAACUCAAAGCCCAGAACAACGACGUUGCCUCAGGGUGAUACUGCUGGGAAAAUGCAUCCUACUUACAACUUCCCCCAAACUCCCGAUCCCCCAGCGUACUUCAAUGCUCCAGUUUUACAGGUAAGUGCUGCUUAUCCUUUCACAGCCAGGAGCAACCAGGAAGUCAGUAUGCAAGCAGGCCAAUCAGUGACUGUGCUGGAACCCCAUGAUAAAAAGGGAAGCAACGAAUGGUUCUUCGUGGAAGUGAAUGGACAGAGGGGCUACGUGCCUUCCAACCACCUGAUCGUGUUACCCCCACAACCACCUGGAUGGGUUUCACCCGUUUGGCCAUUUCCAGCUCAGUAAAUGCAACUGUUAAGAGAUGCUUGGUUUAGAAGUCAGCUAUGUUUUCAUUGCCUCUCUUUUUCCCUUUCUUUCAUGACAUUCAAUGGGCAAAGAGGCUGACAAUGAGGCCAGGAGGCCUCUGGAAUAUUGUGCGUUUCAGUUUCAGAAAUUCAGAAUGAAUUUGUGCCAUAUUUAUUGAAAAAAAUGUGAAGGAAUGUAGGUACAUAAGCUACUUAUAAUUGUGAUGGUAUUUCUUGAUCUAAGGCUGACAAGGGAUCUUCCAAAUAUUGGAAAAGAAGGGUUCUUGCAGUAAUCUAGAAUAAUUUCUACACCAUUAUCAUUACAAAUAGUCCUCAUUCAAUGAUCUCAUUUGGGACCCACAACUCAGUUAUUAAGUGAAGUGUUUGCUAAGUGAACCCACAACUGUGCUUACAAUCUUAAUUCGGCUUUGUUUUACAAACCUGUAAAUGUUGCAAAGCUACUUUUACAUUACUAUCAUAACUAUGAAUUGUUGCUAAAUGAGACAGUCACUAAAUGAGGACUACCUGUAUUUGAUCAAUGCAUGGUCUCAAACCAAAGAUAUCUGAAGGACACAUAAGUGCCUUGUGCUUAGUGCAACAAAGGCUUAGAAGGGGAAUGUGUCUCUUCCUAACUCAUUCCAGAAUACCCAUCUCAGUCAGUCAGUUAGCAACCCAUCAUGACAAAGAAGCUGUGAGCCAUAGUCUAGUUGAAGCCCCAUUCUUCUUUCACUGGUAUAAUGUCCUUUUGGUUUUAUGAUAGUGAAGAAACAGCUAAAGGAACCAACUUGGCAUUUUCCAAUGAUUUACGGUAGAACUCCCAGAUUACUACUGUAAACCCAGUUGUUCUCUUCAGUAAUAUAUCAGUCUUAAUAAUCUGAACAAAAUGGCUGUGGUGUGUUAUAGGGGUAAAAUAUUGGACUAAGAACAGGGAGGAACUGAUUUUGAGUCUACCCUCAUGGAAACUCAGUGGCUGAUUUUCAGCCAGUUACUCUCUUGUACCCAACUCACUUCACAGGGUUUAUGCUACUGCGAAAAAAAGAACAGUGCUAUGAAAGCCAUAUUUAGUUCCUAGAAAAAUGGUGGUACAAAAAUAUAAAAUAAAUAUUUGCUUUAAGUGGCCUUCAUUGAGGUGAUACAAUGCCUAUUCUCAUUAUUGGAGAGAAUGAGCCCUGGUGGCACAGUGGUUAAAAUGCAGUAUUGCAGGCAAACUCUGCCCACAGCCUGGAGUUUGAUCCUAAUGGCUCAAGGUAGACUCAGCCUUACAAGGUUGGUAAAAUGAGGAUCUAGAUUGUUGGGGUGAAUAUGCAAAUAAUGCUACCUUGUAAACUGCCCAAAGUGUACUGUAAAUUAUGGGGUAGUAUAUAAGCUUAUAAACUCUUGGUGUAUCAGUUCAGUAAUGGUUAGAAAACUCUAGAAGACACUAUAUCUGAUUAAUGGAGAUUCCACCAUAUGAAGUAUUGAGCAUUGUUCUAACAUGCAUUAUGAAAAAUUGGAAGCAUGUUCAACUAUUGGAGAACAAAGAAAAAUGGAAAGAGUUAUCUCUUCACAUGAUGUGGUUGUUACCAACUUUCAGGUAGAAAUAUGGAAUGGCAAAAUAUUGUUAGAGUUGUGAAAGAAGUAAAUUGAUAGGUACACAGAAAACUAAAUUUGUAUGCACAAAGAAUAUAUGAUUUGUUUUUACUUUUCUCCAAAAAGAGGAAGAAAAUAUGCAUAUGAAAAAUAAUCUGAGGCCUUUCUAAAGACAAUGACAAAUGGUAUACACUGUAGGGCGUGUCAUUUCAUGGGGUGAAAAUUAAUUUUUUUGAAAUCUGCUGCUAUUUUUGCAAUUGCACAAUGUUUACCUUGGUAUGGUAAAUCCAUGUCUGAUCAUAUACCCCACAAA